GAGGACAUGGAGCAGCCCGACUUGGCCUCGAGGCUCUUCUGCGGCCGCAUCCUGAGCAUGGUCAACGCGGAGGACGUGAGCGCCAUCAUCCUUGCCCAGAAGAACAUGCUGGACCGCUUUGAGAAGACCAACGAGAUGCUGCUCAACUUCAACCAGCUGUCGAGCGCUCGGCUGCAGCACAUGAACGAGCGCUUCCUGCACCACACGCGCACGCUGCUGGAGAUGAAACGCGACCUGGACAGCGUCUUCCGGCGCAUCAGGACCCUGAAGGGGAAGCUGGCCCGGCAGCAUCCGGAAGCCUUCAGCUACAUCCCGGAGGCAUCGCUGCUGGAGGACGAGGAGGACGACCCCAUCCCACCCAGCACCACCACCACCAUCGCCACCUCGGAGCAGAGCACCGGGUCCUACGGGGACAACAGCAGCCCGGACACCGCGUCGCCCUCCCUCAGCCCGGGCUUCGAGGACCUGUCCCCUGCCGCCCUCAACGGCCGCCGCAGCCCCACGGAGGACGGGGAGACGCCCCCGCCGCGGCCGGGCCAGUAGCCCCACCCUUACCCCACCGACUGGGCUCCCCCAGAGCUGGGGGCACGGGGCGGCCCGGGCACAGCAGAGCGACCGGAAU